AUGGCUUCUCAUGCCACUGGAUUUGCUCUACCAACCAUACGAAGAUGUUAUGAUCGUAUGGAAGUUGUGCCACACUGCACGUACCGUCCAGGAUCCCUACCCACGGAUGAUGAGCUUUCUAAUUUAUCUCUCACGUUCGCGGACGAGCCGUGGUUCGCUUCCCUCAAAGCCCGAAGUCAUUCUGGUGUUCCUCGAAAAAGAACUAAAAAGCCAUCAACUCCAUCCCCAGUCAGUCUAUCUGAGAUGGAGAAGGAUCCUGAUGAGUCAGCUGACGAACAUUUAUCUGAAGGGGAAAUGGAGCAGUACGAACCGGAAGAGGCUGAUCAAACAGCUCCAAAACUACGCAGAUCUCAAAGGAUUCUGAACCAACGAAAAGCCAAAAUGAUGAUUCGCCUAAGGACAAAAAAGCUUGAAAGGAAAUUGGUUGACACCAGUAAUCAAAAAGAUAGGAAUAAAACCAGUAAUACUGUUGGUGAGGCUGCAACGGUGUCAUCAGAAAUCUGUACCAAUCAGGCCAACAAACAGAGUUGCUCCACUGUGGAGAACAAACCGCUCGCUCCAGGAAAGUUCGAAAUGGGGAAGAAGCGAUGCCGCCGCACGUCUUCACCGAUUCUGUCU